UCUUCCAAACCAAAGCCACCCAUCUCCCACCUCCCGCUUCGAGAAACAGAGCAAUCAAUCCCACGCAGCCACAUCGUCGCAAUCGAUCGCCUCGCCUCACCUCGCUUCGCUUCCUCUCCAAUGGAGUCGCUCCACCACGACGUGAUCCGCCUCAUCCACAGCCGCCUGCCGUGCCUCGUCGACCGCCGCCGCAUGGGCCGGGUCUGCCACAGUUGGCACCUCGCCGUCGCGGAGAGGCAGCGCAGCAAGCUCCCGUCGAUCCUCGUGCCGCGCGCGGACGGCCCGUCCUUCGCGUGCGCCCUCGCCGGCUGCUGCGCCACCCACGGCUUCGCCCACCCGCUCAAGGACGACGCGCGCGCCGCGCGCUACUUCGGCGCCUACGACGGCGGCUGGGCGUUCGUCGCCUUCGGCCACACCGUGGGCUACGCGCUCCUCAGCCUCCGCGACGGCGACCGGCUCCACAUCCCCGACAUCGGCAUGGCCGUGGUGGCCGCCACCCUCUCCUCACCGCCGGACGACGAACGCUGCCUCGCCGCCGCCAUCAACCUCUCCUUCCUGAUUGACGAUCUACGCACUCACGCGUUCUGGCCCAUGCGGCGUCAAUCUGCGGCUGCGCCGGAGAAGGCGGCGAAACCUGCAAAGGUCAUCAGCGGCCACGCUCUGGAGGAUGUCGUACACCACGACGACGCCUUCCAUUUCCUCACGAGAGAAGAAAACCUCCAUGUUUUUCCGGUAGCGGGCUUCCGCGAAGACGACGAGGGCAAUCUGGAGAUACCGCCCGUGGAGGUUCAUCGCUUCUCGCGUGGCGGGCGAGAUUACGGCCAAAACAACGCUGUUCGCUACCUGGUGGAGUCCGGCGAGAAUCUCCUCAUGGUCGUCAGGCUCGUUCCCCAUCCUCCCCAAUUGCCGCCGAGGACGUCGGCGUUCAAGGUGUUCGAGAUGGUGGAGCCGCCGCUGGGGACUCCCAUCAACAACGACGAGGCACCAUACGCCUGGAACGAGCUGGAAUCGCUGGGUGGGCGGAUGCUGUUCGUCGCGCGAGGCUGCUCCAGAUCGUACGACGCGAACAACAAUCCGGGCUCCGAGUUCAGCGAGGGCGUCUACUUCCUGGAUGACGGGAGACUCUACGACGAGGAGUUGAUGCUCGGUGAGCCCGAUUUCCGGGAGUAUCCCUGCAGAGACACCGGCAAGUGGUUGCCAGCGGCGGAGGCGAAUCCCCGAGUGGUCGAGUUCUUGCCGGAGCAAGCCCCGUCGAGCUACUCGCCGCCGGCGUGGCUUCUCCCCUGAGAUUGCCGUCGAGCUACAGGUUUUUGCUUGCUGUCGAUUCGAUCCCCCGAGAUGUGGUUUAGCUUGCAGCCGUUGUACUCUGUCCCGUCUCCUCUUGCUGCGAUCGAUUAGUGUAGUUUCAGUCCAGAUUUGAUGUCAUAAUCGUGGAUUGGUACAGCUGCUACAAUGCUGGAGCAGUGGAGAUUGUACUUGGUAAAUUCUCCUCUUCUAUCAGAAAGAGUAUGCAAGCCAGAAUUA